CAUGAAAACUGGUGUUUUUUUCUAGAAACCCAGAUUCUAGAAACAACCAAUUGUAUGAAGCCUUGGGGUUGGCGGAGGAGGAAAAGAGUAGAAGAAAAUGAAACAGAGGACCUGCAGGCAGGUGUGGGACACACAGCCGCACAGACUGACCCUAACUGUAAACUAGAAGACAAGACAGAAGAUGGAGAAGUGUUAGACUGUAAGAAAAGGCCGGAUGAAGGGGAGGAGUUGGAAGAAGAAGCUGUGCACAGCUGUGACAGCUGCCUCCAGGUGUUUGAGUCACUGAGUGAUAUCACAGAACACAAGAUUAAUCAAUGUCAACUGACAGAUGGAGUGGAUGUUGAGGAUGACCCCACUUGCUCAUGGCCAGCAUCAUCACCUUCCAGCAAGGACCAGACUUCCCCGAGCCAUGGAGAAGGUUGUGAUUUUGGUGAAGAGGAAGGAGGCCCAGGAUUGCCCUAUCAGUGCCAGUUUUGUGACAAAUCGUUCAGCCGCCUCAGCUACUUAAAGCACCACGAGCAAAGUCACAGUGACAAACUCCCUUUCAAAUGCACGUAUUGCAGUCGUCUCUUCAAACACAAACGAAGCAGGGACCGCCACAUAAAGCUUCAUACGGGAGACAAGAAAUACCACUGCAGUGAGUGUGAUGCAGCAUUCUCAAGGAGUGAUCAUCUUAAAAUUCACUUAAAGACUCAUACGUCCAACAAGCCAUAUAAAUGUGCCAUUUGUAGACGUGGAUUCCUGUCAUCUAGUUCGCUGCACGGCCACAUGCAGGUUCACGAGAGGAACAAGGAUGGCUCUCAGUCUGCUUCCCGGAUGGAGGACUGGAAAAUGAAGGACACUCAGAAGUGCAGUCAGUGUGAAGAAGGCUUUGAUUUUCCUGAAGAUCUUCAGAAGCACAUUGCAGAAUGUCACCCUGAGUGUUCUCCUAAUGAAGACCGAUCUGCUCUUCAGUGUGUUUAUUGUCACGAACUCUUUGUAGAGGAAACAUCUCUGGUGAAUCACAUGGAGCAGGCUCAUAAUGGUGAGAAGAAGAAUUCAUGCAGCAUUUGCUCUGAGAACUUUCACACUGUGGAAGAGCUGUACAGCCACAUGGACAGUCACCAGCAGCCAGAAUCAUGCAACCACAGCAACAGCCCAUCAUUGGUAACUGUUGGCUAUACCUCAGUCUCAAGUACCACUCCAGAUUCCAAUCUCUCUGUGGAUAGUUCAACAAUGGUGGAAACAGCUCCCCCUAUACCAAAAGGCCGUGGAAGGAAGCGGGCAGCUCAGCAAGUGCCAGAUAUCACUGGUCCUUCAAGUAAACAGGCAAAAGUUACCUACAGCUGCAUUUAUUGCAACAAACAGUUAUUUUCCAGCCUUGCAGUUUUGCAGAUACACCUGAAAACUAUGCAUUUAGAUAAACCUGAACAAGCCCAUAUCUGUCAGUACUGUUUGGAGGUAUUGCCAUCUCUCUACAAUCUGAACGAACAUCUUAAGCAAGUCCACGAAGCUCCGGAUCCAGGGCUGAUUGUUUCCACUAUGCCUGCAAUGGUGUAUCAGUGCAACUUCUGCUCUGAAGUGUUCAAUGACCUCAACACUCUUCAGGAACAUAUCCGAUGUUCUCAUGGAUUUGCCAACCCUGCUGCUAAGGACAGUAAUGCGUUCUUUUGUCCCCAUUGCUACAUGGGGUUUCUUACAGAUUCUUCUCUGGAAGAGCAUAUUAGACAAGUCCAUUGUGAUCUUAGCAGUUCCCGUUUUGGUUCCCCUGUGCUCGGAACCCCAAAAGAUCCAGUAGUGGAAGUGUAUUCUUGUUCUUACUGUACAAAUUCUCCAAUAUUUAAUAGCGUUCUUAAAUUGAACAAGCAUAUCAAGGAGAACCAUAAGAACAUUCCUUUGGCACUGAAUUACAUCCACAAUGGAAAAAAAUCCAGAGCCAUGAGCCCCUUAUCUCCUGUAACGAUUGAGCAGACCUCUUUAAAAAUGAUGCAGGCAGUUGGAGGUGCUCCUCCUCGUCCUGCAGGUGAAUAUAUUUGUAAUCAAUGUGGUGCUAAGUAUACUUCCUUGGACGGUUUUCAGACUCAUUUAAAAACACAUCUUGAUACUGUCCUGCCAAAACUGACCUGCCCUCAGUGCAACAAGGAAUUUCCCAAUCAGGAGUCUCUGCUGAAGCAUGUGACCAUUCAUUUUAUGAUCACCUCAACCUACUACAUCUGUGAAAGCUGUGACAAGCAGUUUACUUCUGUGGAUGACUUGCAGAAGCACCUACUAGACAUGCAUACAUUUGUAUUCUUCCGCUGCACCUUGUGCCAAGAGGUUUUUGACUCCAAAGUCUCUAUCCAACUACACUUGGCUGUGAAGCACAGCAAUGAAAAGAAGGUAUAUAGAUGUACGUCUUGCAACUGGGAUUUCCGCAAUGAGACUGACCUACAGCUUCAUGUUAAACACAACCACUUGGAGAACCAAGGCAAAGUGCACAAGUGCAUCUUUUGUGGUGAGUCCUUUGGUACAGAGGUGGAGCUGCAGUGCCAUAUUACUACGCACAGCAAGAAGUACAACUGCAAGUUCUGCAGCAAAGCUUUCCAUGCCAUCAUCUUGCUGGAAAAGCACCUAAGGGAAAAACAUUGUGUUUUUGAAACAAAAACCCCAAACUGUGGAACGAAUGGGGCAUCUGAGCAGGUUCAGAAGGAAGAAGUGGAGCUCCAGACCUUGUUGACAAAUAGCCAGGAGUCCCAUAACAGCCACGAUGGCAGCGAAGAGGAUGUGGACACAUCUGAGCCUAUGUAUGGCUGUGACAUUUGUGGAGCAGCUUACACCAUGGAGACUCUCCUGCAAAACCACCAGCUUCGUGACCACAACAUUCGACCUGGAGAAAGUGCCAUAGUGAAGAAAAAGGCUGAACUCAUUAAAGGGAAUUACAAGUGUAAUGUGUGUUCUCGAACAUUCUUCUCUGAAAACGGGCUCCGAGAACACAUGCAGACACACUUGGGACCAGUGAAACAUUACAUGUGCCCAAUCUGUGGCGAGCGGUUUCCAUCUCUUCUGACUCUUACUGAACAUAAAGUCACACAUAGUAAGAGCCUGGACACCGGAAACUGCAGGAUUUGCAAGAUGCCUCUGCAGAGUGAGGAGGAAUUUUUAGAGCAUUGCCAGAUGCACCCUGACUUGAGGAACUCUUUGACAGGGUUCCGCUGCGUGGUGUGCAUGCAGACUGUGACCUCCACAUUGGAACUGAAAAUCCACGGCACGUUCCACAUGCAGAAAACUGGAAAUGGUUCUGCCGUGCAGUCUACGGGGCGCGCACAGCAUCUCCAGAAACUGUACAAGUGUGCUUCUUGCCUGAAGGAAUUUCGUUCAAAACAGGAUUUAGUGAAACUUGACAUCAAUGGUCUGCCAUAUGGUCUGUGUGCUAGCUGUGUUAAUCUCAGUAAAAGUGGUAGUCCAAGUGUCAACAUCCCUUCAAGCAGUAACAGACAAGGCAUGGGCCAAAAUGAGAACUUGAGUUCCAUUGAGAACAAAAGCAAGGCAGGGGGACUGAAGACUCGAUGUUCUAGUUGCAAUGUUAAGUUUGAAUCAGAAAGUGAACUCCAAAACCAUAUUCAGUCAAUCCACAGAGAGCUUGUUCCAGACAGCAACAGUACACAGCUGAAAACACCACAAGUAUCUCCAAUGCCCAGAAUCAGCCCCUCCCAAACUGAAGAGAAGAAGACCUACCAGUGCAUCAAAUGUCAGAUGGUUUUCUACAAUGAAUGGGAUAUCCAAGUUCAUGUUGCAAACCACAUGAUUGGAAAACUGACAUUGUGAAGUCCCUCUUGUAAGAAGUUUAGAGAAAAAGAAUCCAAAGAUGCACACCUACAUACCAGAAGAUGAAGGAGAUGGCAACUUCUUUUUUCUAUCCUCCCUCACUGAUUCUUCUGUAAUAUGAUAUGGAAAUUGUAAAUUAAGAACAAAAAGAUGGAUUGUACCUUCCUAGAAUCAGAAAAUCACCUGGUUACUCUGGGAUUCUCUUAUUUGCAGGCAGAGCUAGCAAGUAAGGGUCCAAAAGUUAGAUGAAACUUCGCCACCUUGUCUGCAAAAAGCAGAGAUGUAACUGAAAUACUCAGGAAAAAGCAGCAUUUGGUGUUAAAUCUGAGAAACAGUGCAUUUAUUUUGUGAGGAGCUGGGUUACAAAAUAGAUGAAAUCUGUGCUGUUUCCUGCAAACAGAAAGCUACUCUCCUGUGAGCAAUGCUGGCUUAUUUGAAAGGCCCAUAAAGGGUUUCUGCAUGGACCAUACAAAAGGGAUACUUUCUCUUUAAUAGCCAUCUGUACAGGAGAGAUGAGAAGUGGGCCAGGUCAUCUCUCCUCAGCUGUCAUGAUAUUAACGUAGGUAAUGGAGCAAGCUCUGCGUUCUGCUGGGUGUUGUUUUUCAUAGAUGUUCAUCGAUUUACACAGAUAAUUCUAUUUAUUUCUUUGAGUUGGUCCAAGCGAACCAGGCAGAAUAACAAACACCAAAGCAUUUCAAAUGACUUUAUCUUUGUUGUUUUGUAAUGUAACUUUUGUCUAAAAAAUGGUGUCACACCUACUGUGCAGAUGGCUGCAUGAUUUGUAAACCAGCCAAAACAUUUAAACAAAUGUGUGAUCUGGGGAUAGAUUAAAUAAAGGAUAAAAUGGAGUGUGGACCACAAAUUCUAAUAAUCAGAUGAUUUUAAGUUGUGUGUAGUGUGGAGCGAUGGUAGCAGUGAUAGCAGGGAACGCUUGCCAAUGACAGCAAGGUGCCUCACAGAUCUCAGGAUGGAGCCUGUGGCCUAGUAGGCCUCAGUUUGAGAGCGGCACAUUUGCUGUACAGCUGGCAGCUCUGUAUGGGGACAUCAGAUAAAACUUAUGUAAAAUGAAGUGUUAUUGCUUAGUAUGAAAUUGUGCAGAGAGGGAAUUUGCAGACAGUAACUGAAAACAGAAUUCAUGGUACCAAUGAAGCAGACUGUAAAUAUGAAGAGGCUUUAAUUAUCUGCGCAAUUUAACAAAAAAUUCAAGAUGUAUUCAGAAAUGGCAAAGGCAGCUGUAAACAUGCAAGAGCAACACUGUUCUCUGCGCUUAAAAUUAUGUCACCUAUUGGGGCUCCAGACUCCCUCUCUCCUUGUGCUUCUGGGGAUGUGAUUUUACUCACUCAGCUGUGCUGGCUGGAGCCCACUCCUCCAUUUCAAGGGUUAGAAUCAGGAACAGCUGUUUCCUCUUGGUCACAGCUUUUAGGAAGGUCUUUCUAGGCUUCUACAAUCACAAAUGGUUAAGUCAGGACAGACU